AUAAAAUGGAAGGUUUCGAUGAUGCUGGAGUAUUUUUCUCCGACAAUUUUUCUGAAUCUCAGAACGUGGAUGGGACUGCUAAUGUUGCGGUAAAGAAGCAGUUUGUGGAGUUUCUUAGGGACUUCACCCAGGAGGGGAACUUCACCUUCAAGUACAGAGAUGCCAUUAAGAACAACUAUCUCAGGCAGGAGUACAGUGUUGAUGUCAGUCUAAACGACCUCGCUUCCUUCGACGGAGAACUGACGGACAGAAUCCGGAGGUCCCCCUCCGACAUGAUGCCUCUCUUCGAGGAGGCCGCCAAGGAGAUUGCCGACGAGGUGACCAGACCCCGCAACCCUGAAGAUGAACUCCAGGAUAUCCAUGUCACCCUGGGAAGCGACGAAACCGGAACCUCCGUCCGUAGCCUCAAGAGCGACCAGGUGUCCAAACUCGUUAAAAUCCCCGGAAUCAUCGUCGCCGCCUCAGGAAUCAAGGCCAAGGCGACUAAUAUUACCAUCCAGUGUCGCUCUUGUCGUACUACUAUCCCCAACCUGGCGAUUAAACCCGGGUUUGACGGUUACUCAAUGCCGCGGAAAUGUAACUCCGAUCAGGCUGGUCGACCUAAAUGUCCCUUGGAUCCGUUCUUCAUCCUGCCGGAUAAAUGCAAGUGCGUGGAUUUCCAGAUUCUAAAACUUCAGGAGGCUCCGGACUCGGUUCCCCACGGAGAGAUGCCGAGACACGUUCAACUCUUCCUUGAGAGGUCUCUGUGUGAGAAAGCAGUUCCUGGGAACCGUGUUUCCGUGACCGGAGUUUACUCUAUACAGAAAGCUUCCACUGGUAAAGGACGGGAGAAGGGUGCUGUAGGAGUAAGAAUGCCGUAUCUUCGUGUUGUUGGAAUCCAGGUUCAGACCGAGGGUCCCGGCCGGGCCGCCGGAAACAUCACUUUCUCCGGCGAAGAGGAGGAAAAGUUUCGUCAAAUGGCCGCCGAUCCUGAGAUUUACAACAUCAUCACUAAAUCCAUUGCUCCGUCCAUCUUUGGUUCAGAGGACAUCAAGAGAUCUAUCGCCUGCUUGUUGUUUGGAGGGAGCAGGAAGAGGUUGCCGGACGGAUUAACCCGGAGAGGAGAUAUCAACGUUUUACUUCUUGGAGAUCCAGGUACAGCUAAGUCCCAGCUUCUCAAGUUUGUUGAACGAGUAUCUCCGAUAGCAGUUUACACCAGCGGAAAGGGAAGCAGUGCUGCUGGUUUAACUGCUAGUGUGAUGAGAGAUCCAUCCUCCCGCGGGUUCGUGGUCGAGGGCGGUGCUAUGGUUCUCGCCGACGGUGGUGUCGUCUGCAUUGACGAGUUCGAUAAGAUGAGAGAGGACGACAGAGUUGCAAUCCACGAGGCGAUGGAGCAGCAGACUAUUUCUAUCGCCAAAGCGGGAAUUACAACCACCCUUAACAGCCGAUGCUCUGUGCUGGCCGCGGCCAAUUCCGUUUUCGGCCGUUGGGACGAUUCCAGAGCCGAAGAGAACAUCGACUUCAUGCCAACCAUACUCUCCAGGUUCGACACGAUAUUUAUCGUUAAAGACGAGCACGACGAGAAGCGAGACACAACGAUGGCUCGUCACGUGAUGAGUAUUCACAUUAAUGCCUCCACGGAGACCGCGUCAGAGGGUGAACUGCCCCUCAACACCUUGAAGCGCUACGUGGCAUUCGCGAGGUCUAGGUGCGAGUUAGGAUCAAGGAUAUCUAGGAAGGAAGCUGUAAAAUCCGCAAACUCAUAAAUCUCCUAAAGAUAUGAUUUUUUAAAAUUCCACGGGCACUUGAGCUUGCAAAUAAUAAAAACUAUUGUAUUGUAGUUGGAAGCUGUUGUAAGAAUUAGUGAAUCUCUGGCUAAGAUGGAAUUGAAACCUUUUGCAACGGCAAAACAUGUUGACGAAGCACUCCGACUUUUCCAGGUUUCAACUCUAACCUCCGCUAUGAGCGGAGAUCUAUCUGGAGCCGAGGGAUUUACAACGGAGGAGGAUCAGGAGAUCAUCCAGAGGAUCGAGAAGCAGCUCAAGAAGAGGUUUGCUGUCGGGUCCCAGGUGUCAGAGCAUACCAUCAUGGGAGACUUCGCUAAACAGAAGUACCCGGAGAAAGCGAUCACCAAGGUUAUUCACGCCAUGGUGAGGAGAGGAGAACUUCAGUACCGGAGACAGAGGAAGAUGUUGUUCCGUCUUAAAUAGAGAUCUUUUCAGGAGUAUUUCAAGAUUUUAACAUUAACAGUGAUACCGCUCAAUACUAGUGUAGUUUUGGACUAAACAGAGAGAUAUUUCCCGGCGUGAUCAUUAUUUUUAUAUUUUACA